CAUGCACCAGCGCUACCGGCCCUUGUAAACUCAUCUAUUCCAACUUCCUAAUUUUUAGUUGUUUAGGAAACACACUCCUCUUAUUUGUUCGUCCAGCUGCGAAAAGCAAGUGCAAAAUGUGCGUCCACAGUCAUUAUAAGGAUAUAUGUACAUAUUAAUUGGGUGGAUAGCCCUCUUGAUGCACAAGGCUUUCCGAAGACGGCACGACAAGACGUGGCAGUCCCAGUCCGUGGGCGGGACCAGGGGCAGUCCACAGGCAUCUCCCUUAAGCCGCCGGACAUCCUGAAGAUUACUUUGGACUUUUCGCCGUUGGUCUCCGGGACCACGGGCGGCUUUUUACGGUUCCUCCUUCCCUGUGCACGAUAAUCGCGGAGUGUGGAGAGUGCUGGCCAGCACUGCUACAACGGCAGCAUGCCCCGCAGGGCAGCAACUCCCGACAGCGUUAGUGAAGGCGGGGAUCCGCCGCCCGACGCAACGCUGUCGGCCAUAGAACGAGCAAUUGAGAGCGCAGGGACGCGUGACCAGGGUCUGCUUCGGGCGCUGGUGCAGGCAAGGGAACUAUGUCCUUCCGAUCCUGUAGGCGCUCAGCGACUGCUUGACGACAUACUCAACGCCCAAGUUCUGCUCGGAAUAGGCCGCGGUGUCGUGGAUGGGGAUGAAAGCCCUGAAACACGAGCGGGGCCUUUAGGUCGCGACGGUGUGGAGGUGUCAACAUCCUCGGACCGAACAGUCAGCAACUGUAGUGAUGGCGGCGGCAUCGGUGAGGCUGCGUUGAUUUUGUAUGGCAACGAUUAUAUGGCAGGAGGGACCUUGGAAGAGCGGUGGUCAUCAGCGCCCCCAACCGUCGUGCUACCGUCCGGCACCGAGCUAUACAGCUGGCAGGCCGUGCUGUGUGACCUUCUAUCCUCCAGCAAAAAAGACCUGUACAGCUUUCGGGAGAAGCUCGCCUUUGCGGUGCAGCUAUUACAGCUGAACCCCGUCGCGCGAUGCACCAUUGUGCCGUUGGAACUUCAGCGAGUGCUAGACACCAGUGACAGUGCAGCCCAGCUGCAGGGCGACCUCCGAAACUUCAUCCUUGAGUUUUCGAAGUCCUCUGAGCCGCUUUUCCGCGUCUGCAUCGAUUGCUCCGCGCGGCGGCUGGUGCGGCGCAGUCCUGUACCGCCAGCCAACCGCUUUUCGUGCGGCCACUCCUGCUGUGUGUUUCCCGUCCGAUCAUGCAAACCUGGAGGUUGGGAUGAGUUUGAUGACUGGAAGAAACUGUUUCCGCUGCCGCUUCUGGACAUUGCUGCGUUGGGAGCGCAGUCGAGGUGGCUGCGGCGACCCGAAAAGCUUGCGAAGGAUGAGGCGCCCAUGCUGGCCCGCCGUGACGACCCGUCGCCCCACGGCCUUGCGUCCGCCGCCCCGGCGUUUGGCGGCAGUGCAACUGAUCCGGACGAAUUUCCGUUUGGCGGGCGCGCUGGGACGGUGUUUGCCAAACGCGUUCUGCCUUCGGAGCGUCGUCAGCAGCAGCACUUGCGGCGCGGUGCGCAACAAUUCGCCCCUACCCUUGACAUGGAGGAGGAGGACGAUGGUGAUUACACGGGACCUCCACCCAAAGCGGCACGCCGCAUUAACGGCGCAGGUUCCACAACCCUCCCUACGGCGCCUGCUCCUGCGCCCAUGGAUGCCGACGAGGAUGAGGAACCGCUGGACGGCCCUCCCAGCCUCGCGCCUUGGCUGGCUGCAGCCGGCGCUGUGGCGGCAGCGGCGGCGGGCACCGGGUCGCAAGCGCAGCAGGCGCUGCCAGACAACCUGCCUAUCCUGGAUGCGGAUGGAGUCCUCCAACUGGGCAUGGUCGUUUCCCCUGGUGACAGAGCACAGCAUGGACACGGACAUGGAGGGCAUGGAAAGGGGUACGGGCAUGCGGCCGGGAAGACGCUUCCCGUGGUGCUGUCGGAAGGAGGGCGACUGCGUUUGGUGUCCCGUGCCAACGGCUUGGGGCUAGCGUCCCCACCUGGUGGUGGUAGUGAUGCAGCGGCAACGCAACCGCAGCUGUCACAACAGCAGCAGGAGCUGAUCGUGAUGGCAGCAGUCGCUGCCGCUCAGCAGCAGCUGCAGCAGCAGAACAGCAGCAAGCAACAGCCCCGUGAGUACGACAAUUACAGUUUCCGGAUCCAGGACCAAAAUCAGCCGUCGGAGCCUGAGCUUGGGAUGCGAAACUCGCACAGGAGCAUGAGCAUGGCCGACUCCGGCCAGGGGGUUAGCGGUGGACGCGGCGGCAACCGCGGCAGUGGACGUGGGCGAAACGACAGCAUGCAGGAUGCUGCAGCUGCCGCGGGUAAUCACGCUGCUACUGCUGCUGCUGCCCAAGCUUUGGCGCGGUUUGACCGCAGCAUGCAGCCUCCGCCGGACCGGGAUGUGGGUGAAUCACGCUUACCGACCCGGGGGUCCAUCACCAGCAGGGACGAAGCCGCGGGGCAUAUGGCCGCCGGCAGAGGGCGCGGUGCCGGCGGUGGCAGCAGCAUCGGGGACCCCUCGCCGUCUCUCAGACUCGGUCUCGCCGCUGGCGGCGGUGGUGGCGACAGCGUUAGCGGUGGCAGGUCUGUCCAUAGGGACCUAGGUGACGCGGCAGAUGCUCCGUCCCUUAACACCCGCCUAAGUACGGAUUCAGGCACAACACAAGUCUUUCCGCUGCUGCCGUUUGGGCGAGCGCAAGCAGCCGCGUCACUGCAUGGGCCUGGCAGAGGCCCCAAGGGCACCUCCCGUGAUGGGCCUCAGUUGUCGGAGGUAAGCGGUGGCAUCAGCGUAGGCGCCGGAGGCAGCAGGUUGCGUGGUACGGCAGCGGCUGCAGCGGCUUCGGCCGGCCUGCCGCCGCAGAUGGAUCAGGUGCUUCGUCCGCCGGCUGAAGUGCAGCAGCAUCUACGGCUGUUGGCGUUGCAGCAGCAGCUAUUGAUGCAGCAGGAGCAGCAGCAGCAACCAGGAGGGGCAGGGGGCUCUUCCGGGCGGCCGCAGCGGCAGCCACGUAUGGUGCGGUUGUCUAACGGCCAGCUGGCAGCGCACCUGGGGCCCGCAGAGGUGGAUGACGUUAUGGCGGAUGCAGGGCCGGAGACUCGGCCAGGGGUAUAUCGACCCGUCGCAGUUACCCGCAAUGCUGUUACCCGGAAUGCGUUGGGGCUCAAUGAGGUGCACGAGCUUAUCAUCCUUCCGAACGGGCGGAAAGCGCUGAUGCUGCCGGAACGAGCUCCGACGGAAGUCGAGGUCGAAGUGCCGGUGCAGCGUGUGGGUAUAGCUGGUGGCGGGAAGGCGCUACAACACCUUCAUGAUGAGGGCGGAGAUCUGCCGUACAGCGAUGGCACUGGGGCGCGGGAUGUGCUCCCUGUUGCCAUGGGGCCUGCGCGGCUUGAGAGCGGGUUGAGGGAGACGAAGAGCGGUUCAGGCGGCUGGGCGUUGCAGCUUGGGACAGAGACACAGAAGCGGCAGCUCAGUAGCCGUCAGCAGCAGCAGCUCAACCAAGGUGCAGUACGAGGCUCAAGCGAGCGCUUCCCUACCGCUGCCAAGCAAUACGGGGACCUUUUGUUGCAGGAACAGAUGGAUUUGGAUCAGCCGCAGCAUGCUGCCAAGCAGUACGAGGACCUUUUGUUGCAAGAACAGAUGAAUUUGGAUCAGCCGCAGCAUGCUUUUGAGGAGCCGGAGCCGCCGCAACAGCUAAGACAACACCGCAUUGGCAGCGCAAAGACGGCCGUGGCGACAGCGGCUGGUGAGGUGCUGGAGCUUCAAUCGCGCCCCAUGUUCGAGGGUGGUGCCAGCGCUUUUGCAGUACAGCAGCUGCAACAACGCAGGCAAAUGCCAUCCGCCUCUGCCCCCACCAUUGCUGCCGCAUCUGUUGCCAUGGGCGCUAGAGCUGGCAAGGCAAAAGCGAUGUCGGCUUCCGUCGUCCCAGCGGGAUCCACAGCCACAAGCUCCCUCGCUACUGCGCCUGUGAAGAUGGGUUCUCCGGGCGGCACCUUACAGUCCUUGCCCGUUUCAGCGGCAGCCGUUGCCACCGCCGCCGCUGCUGGCGGCGGCGGCGGCACCGGCUCAGUCAUCAGCGUCAUGCGAACCACUGACGGCCGUGUAUUCCUGGUAGAACCCAUUCAAAGCGUCGACAUGGACGGUCCCCCUCUGGCGGCGUACUCGGGUGGGCCGCCGGAGCCCGCGACUUCCCUCGUUACAACCAUGGCACACUCACCUCCCCCAUCAUCUCGUCGCCGACAGGCUCCCACAGCCUCAGACAGCGCUAUCAGCGGGCCCUCCGCAGGCACGGCAGGCGCAUCGCUCGGCACCGCAAGGGCUGCCGCUGCUGCUGCAGCAACCACGGCUGCUGCAGCUCCUGGCCCCUGCUCCGCUACAACGACAACGACUACCUCCGGCGCUCGGGUAGGCGGCGCAGUCAUAGGGUUGGUGCCCGUUACCGCUGCCGGCGGCAGCCAAGGCAUCCGAAGACUGCUCUUGCAGCCCAUUGGCGCAUCGGCCAAGGAUCUCAACCUAGACACCAGGGAGCUGCCGCGGGUGCAGACCGGCACCGUCGUGGCUCUGCAAGCGCCCGGGAACGGGGCUGUCGUGGGAAUGACCCGUGGGUCAUCGUAUGCCAGCCUACAUGACGUGUUGGACACGGUCUCCUCCCAGCCGCUGCAGAAGGGUGGCGACGCAGCGGCCGCGCGUGGCUCGUCAGCCCAGCAAGAUUCGGCAUUGCUGCUGCGUCCGCAAUCAUUGGGAACGGCUGUGGCAGACGGGGGGUUUCCGCAUGGUGUCGUGGGCCCACAGCAGCAACAGCAGGCGCAGGCCCUUCAGGCUGCUGUCUCGGCCAAGCAGGAGGCCGGCGGGAGCAGUCCCGGACGGGCAGAUCCUCAACAGGGCGGCAGCCAUGGGACUGCAGUGGCGGCAGCACUAGGCGGCGGCGCUAGCGCUAGGCCCGGCCUUGCAGCAGCGGCACUCUCCCUUCCGCCACCUUUGUCGAGUGAGGAGCUUGAGGCCGCGGCGCCAAACGCCUGGGAAUCGUACUUGCAGGCGGUCCUGAUGCUUGCAGCAUCUCCAUUUCCCGCGAACUUGCCAGGAGCUUGCAUGCCGCGUGCCCCCGGGUUUGGUGACAAGCCGGACUUCCUACGGAGCAUCCCCACCCAGGAGCAGUUGAAGCCCGAGGCUUGUGAUGUGCCUUGGUCGUCGCGCCUGGUAUUGCGUGGCAGCGACAGCAGGGCUGGAGGCAGCAGCGGAGGCCGGCCCAGCACCGUCUGCGGGGUUCCCAUGCAGCAGUUGUCCCCAGGGGAGCACAUGGAAAUCGUGCGCAUAUGCGGAGAGGUACCGAAGGAUUUGUUACGGCUCCUGCCGCCGGUGCUGGUGGUAUCGGACAUGCGGCUCAGGAAGGAUAUCGCCGUCGCUAAUCCAAGGAGCAAGCCGCUCAUGAUCUGGCUAUCGCCGGACUCCACAGCACAGCAGCGAGAGGCGGUGGACCGGCUCUCGCUCAUCAGGGUCGGCUUUGUCGUACAGUUGGACGAGCAUCAUGACUUCGUGCUCAGCCCACAGGAGAUCCGGGGAGAGAUUGUGUUGGUAAGCGUUGUCCUGCAGCGGGGCGCGCCCAAUGCCGAAAAGGCCGCAGGAGUGGCGCCCGUCGCGCCCAACACUGCUGCUGUUGCUUCUGCCGCUGCGUCAUAUGGUAGGUGGGACUCCGAUGCAGCAGCAGCAGCCGGAGCAGCCCUUGGAGCGCCCAUGGGGCACCCCAGGCCUGCAAUGGAAAGGACGGAGCCUUCCAAUUAGUCGCAUCCCGGUGAUAAGGGGCUGCUGCGGCAGAGCGAAGCUUUCUGUCCGCAUGCUGGGCCCAGCAAAGCAGCAGGGUCGCUUUUGUAGCUCGAAACGGCAGCAACGUUACAGAAGGAAACCUGACACCUUGUAGUUGGAAAGCAGAAGCGCGAUUGGUGGCAAAUCGUUACCGGUGACAACGGCGCGUGCCUUUGCAAAGGUCGACAUCGGUCAGGUCCUACAAAAGCUGUGCAGGGCUUGAGGGACCGUUGGAGGCUUGCAUUACGGAAAGCUACCGUGCUCAGUCGUCACAUGUUCGUCCCGGCAAGACCCCUAAGCGCCAGAAAACGCCCGAGCGGCAGAAAUUGGGUAAAUAGGGGGGCGAGAGCGGUUCUUGGGUCCUUGGUCCGUGGUGUAAGGUGACAAAAGCAUGUGCUUGUCGUACUGAGAUUAGAGUGCAUGCGUACAACAAGAGGGGGAAACGCUGAUGUACGGUGUUCGUGACGAGGAUUGACCUUAAACCGGAUGCUUAUGUGCCUACGGUUGAUGCACAAGUGGGCAAGCAUGCCCCAUACGCAGGCCCGAGAAUGUUAGGAGAUACCGGACAUUGCUUAACCGUAUUGAGAGCCAGGAGGCUUCACUCUUUCUGGACGAGGGCAGAUGUUCGUUGUGUCUUUUCUUUAUUCAUGCGCAGCGCUCGUCGAUGGGCGCUCCGCCUGUGACACAUCCCAAGGGCAGAAAGAAGAUAAUACCGGUUAUUUCGACAUUGGACUGUUGUUCCCAGAUGGGGGCUCAUAACCUUUAAUGGUGCGUUGCAACGACCAGGCAAAUGUCAGCGUCGCCUGAAGCUGUUAACAACGACGGCUUUUGUGGCUGGUAUGGUUGUGGCCUUACCGUGUGGUCUGGCUCACGCCGCUGUGUUGUGCUUGUGUGUUGUCAUCCAUGCGUGCUGCGAGGUGUAUAGCUCACGCUUGAAGGGUUGUUUCUAGCGUUUUUUCUUUCCCUGCUAUAGUUUGGGCCUGGCAUGCUGUUUUCGCCAUUCUAACCGCUUCCCUGGUGGUUUGGGUUGACCAUGAGAUUUCCAUGCACCGGUGUGCAGCCCACUUAUGCUCAAAAACUACGUCCAUGCCCCACCAUCAAUUGCAUAUCCAUUUUCACCUCUUAUUACCUCACUUGCAUCAGUGGAGCCUGUGCUCCUGCCAUGUACUGCUUUUCAAGGUUAAAUUCCAUGGUACUUGGGUUGUUCACCACAGUUGGAUGCGCGCAGUGCCGAGCACAGGGAUUGCUUCCUGGUGCGUUCGAUGUAUUGCAACAGUUUUCACUCAGACUAUGCUUUGCGGUGCGACUGUGACAUGAUGUCGGCGUGCAUGGGCCUUCUUGACAAUGUCGCGAAUCACGACAGCCUGGGCAGGAAUGGGGCUUACGUCCCCUUGCAGGUCCUAGCGAGGCUAACCAUGCUCUUUUGUUCGCCACGUUUAGCCCUCUUGAGAGUGGCAUUGUGAUGAGUUUGUUAGGAACUAGAUCGUCUCCGUUUGCUUGGCUCUUAACCGAGUUGUCAGUGGAUGAUUCGUGCUUGGACAUUGCCCAAGCAAGGAUGUGAUGGAGGUGUGGACGUGUUACGAAGCAAGGGGAAUCGUACGCCAGUACAGCGUAACGGAGUACUUAGGAGUAGGGUUGCGGCUUCUUGGCGCAUGGUCCUGGCGUCCAAAGCUACUUUGUUGGCACAGUUAUCUUGGAAAUGUUGAGUCUAGGUGAGGCAUCCUUGGUGGUUUCGAUCUUAGGCAGUGGCCUCUCUCGCGGUUGUGCGGUCCCAUCCCAUGAUUACUUUUGCCGCAGGCACAUGUUUCGCUGUUUGCAUGCUCAAAGAGCCGAGCAUGUUGUCUGCGUUGUUUUUUGUGUGGCACAAUACCCAUGGGUAGUCCCAUGGGUCACAUGUUGUUGCCCUGUCGUGGCUCUGGAUGGUACGCAUGUGGUUGCUUUGGAAGAUAGCGCAUGGUCAUGACCCCUAGCAUGGGUAGCAUGCGUGUGCAAAAACAUUUGUUUAUAAACGCUCGCAUACCUAAGCCUUAAGUGGUAAUGGAUGGCGAUAAAAGCGCGCUUGUUUCUGUAUCAAGCGGCGUUUGUGUGUCAGCGUGUUUGUGUUGCAGGUUAGGCUUUAAAGUGUUGGGACCCGUGGCAAUGUGAAGGAACUGGGUUAGGGUGCCUGACAGCAGGCAGGCAGGCAGUUCUGCUGUCUCUCCCGAGCGGUGGUGGUGGCGGUGUGCAUUGUUGGCUCUGUCUAUGGUCGUAUUGGGCCAGACUUGCUGGACCUAUGCGGCUGGGGGGCAAGGCUUGAGGCGCAUGGGUGCCCGCGGCUGACGCUUUGGGUACCCCAGGGCUGGCGCUUGCAGCACACAUGAGGGGCGCAAUGGAGCUUGUGUAAAGGGUGGGUGUAGAUGUGGAUGGCGACAGGGUGGUGGCUUGAUACUUCAGUUCUUGUGGGUUUUGAAUCAUGUUGCGUCGUUUGCUGGGGUUUGAAGCAUGGUGCGGACACUGCGUGACUUCGUGUGAGUGGAUGGAUGCAUGCGCUUCGUUGUGUGCACGAAUAUGAAGACAAUGUGAGGAGUGCUGCGUACCUUGCUCCAAGCUGCGCGUGGUAUAGCUGUGUUGCAUGUGUAUGAUGACACCUUCCAUUCCACGGUACUGUCUCUGGCAUGCGCCCACCUCAAAUACUUCACUGCGCUUCCCGUCAGUGAAGGAGAAUUCGCGUUGAACUCUUCUCGCAUGUUGCAUGUUUCCUUUAAUUUAGGAAGGGCGUUAUGAGUGCAAAGGUGUUGCGCCUUUAUACUGCGACAGGAAGGCAACUGCGACAAAGUUCGGCUCUGCUCCCAAUGCAAUGAGAUAACUGUACAAAAAUUUCAAUACAGCUUUAGUUGUGCUGGGGGCCGGAGGGACGAACUGGUGGCUUGGCCGAUUGGGUGAGUUCCUGUUUGUUAUGGAGGCUUGAAAGCCCCUUGAAAGUGAUGUGUAGGGUUGGUUAUUCUUUGCCAGAGUGCAUCCACUAGCAUUGCCUGCCCUGAAACCUGCGCACGCGUGGCAAAUCGCAGUAAGGCAGACCCGUGGGUCAUCACCAACAUGAAUUGUCUUAGGCGCGGCAUGGGGAUGCUGCUGGUAUGUGUUUAUAAGCCUGAGGCUGCCUGGGAGUCCGCUUGACGAGUGGAUUGGUUGGCUACAGGGAAGACACCCUGAGGAAGUCCUCGUGUCAUUUGGCAUACGGAGCAAUCAGCGUGCCGUGUCUGCAUAGUUUCUUGUACCUCGCUGGUAAACCUUUGUUGAGGUUGUUAAGUGCGCUCAUCACCGUGUGCUGCACGACCUGGAGAGACAUGACUCAUGUGUCUUUGCGGUACACCUGACGAGCUCAUUGACUUGCAGUCCGCGCAGACCUGCUUUUUCGGCGGUUUCUCGCACCCAUGGUUCGAACGGCAAAGUCAUUGAGUCGUUAAUUUGUGUUGGUGUUGUGUCAUGUCGGUGAUGAUUAUGGUUGGGCUAAUGAAUGGAUCAUGCAUGAGGAAGUUGGAAGUAAAGCAAUGUAAGUUCAGUACAGGCGUCGA